AUGCUCUCGGGGACGCCACCGUUCUUUUUAAUGACACUGUUCUCACUGACUUUGAUGCACUUUUUGUUGAGUGGUGUGGGAACUUGCGCCGCUUCUGCAGGGGACGCCGCUGCUGCUGCUGCUGCUGCCGCGUCAAAGCGGCCCCUCGCAAUGAGGCGAAGUCCACUGCAGAAGUGGCUUCACGCCGAUUGGUUGAAAAUUCACGAGACCCCGCUUCAUUGGUUUGUGCAGAAGCAUCACCACCAAUACCCCCACACCGGAGAAAACUCAACGUCUCACGUGGCCUCUGCCUGUGAUUCGUGUCGGACGAGGCGGCCAUUUCUCACUGCCCGCACGGCGGGACUUUCAGGGGAAGAUGCGUCGCUAUUAGACUCGGAUGACGGUCGCUACGUUGUAGUGAAGCUUGACAAGCUCCGUUGGAAGGAGCGGCGGAAUGUCCGAUCUUCCUUGAUGAGGCACAGACUGGAGGAUACCCACAUCAUUGACGAAUUACACAUGCUUGUUUAUGUUGACUCCGAGCGCGCCGCUCAAAUUCGAGCGGCUUUGGAGGCAGAGGAUCGCGGGGUAUCGCCUCUCACAUCAUUGACGGUGUUGGACGUCUACUCCACACCCACUGGAGCGCGCCUUAAGCUCUCUCGUGCAAUUCGCUUUUCCAUGCACCGCUGCGGUGCUCGGCAUGAUAAAAGUGCUGUUGAUAAUAAGCCAAUGGAGGAAAUGGAUCUAAGAUGGCGUCUGCCGCUGGAUGUUCGCACUGCCUUGGGGAGAGAGAACGUUGUGGAGCGGUCACUUCAAAGUGUGUCGAGCAAGACAAGAAAUGUUUCGGCGAAAUGCCAAUGGAACAUUAUUAGUUCGAUUGCUGGAAAAGGACUUGUACGAUGGGUGUUGACACUCUCUUCUGGGGGGAAAAAGGAGGAGGAAAAGGAGAUGGAUGUCGUGUGUCACUGCUCCGCCUUUAUCAAUACGGUAGUGAGUCAUCCAGCGGUGCGAUGGAUGGAAGUGGCUAUUGAACAUGUUGCCCCCUUGAACUUCUAUGCGACCGCCCUUGUGCAGAAUGGGAACCAGGAUGAAAGAGAACCGUUUCGUCCAUUCUGGGACGCGGGGAUCGAUGGCAGUGGGGAACUGGUCGGAUUGGCGGAUAGCGGUGUGGACUUCGACAGUUGUUUCUUCAGCGACCCCAAGGAGUCCGUGGCGAUCUACCCAGAGGUAAACCACCGCCACCGUAAGGUGAUAUCAUUUGUCCCAUGCGAUUUAUUUCCCGGAGAAAGGUUGAUUGGCGACAAGAAACGAGGACAUGGUACGCACGUGGCAGGAACGUUGGCGGGACAUGUUCUUGACGACGAUGAGAACUCCAAAUACAACGGUGUCGCCAAAGGAGCGAAGAUCUUCUUUACAAGCCUCGGUGUUCCCAGCCAGCCGUUGCUGACGCUUCCUAUUGACAUCACUGAGGUGUUCCGUCCUGCUUAUAAAGAGGGGGCGCAUAUCUUCUCAAACUCAUGGGGUUUUUUUGCCCCGGACGAGUACACAGCGGUGGAAAAGAGCAUGGAUGCCCUUGCAAAUCAAAUGGACGAUGCUCUAAUUGUUUUUGCGGCAGGGAACAGUCCCAACUCUGGUUUGUUAACACCCUGUCGAACCAAGAACAUGAUUUGUAUUGGGGCACACAAAAAUACUUUUGACCCAAAUACCCAAAACACCAUUGCGAAAUUUUCUUCUCCUGGACCGACGUAUGAUCAUCGUGUCAAACCGGAACUUGUGGCACCGGGAGACACAAUCACCUCUGCAUUCUCAGAUGGUAACAUUUCCACAAACCAGUGUGCGGUCGUUAGCAUGCGAGGGACUUCUAUGGCAACUGCAGCCUUAGCGGGCUCGGUGGCCUUGAUGCGUCAGCAUCUCCGAACGCUGGAAAACAUUUCGUCUCCUUCUUCUGCAUUACUCAAGGCAUUGUUGAUUCACUGUACUGUGAAUUUAAAUAACUCAAGGCUGAGUGGCUUUGGUCGUCUUGACAUGUCUCUUUUUUUUACCCCAACUGGCAUAAUAGGAUGGUUUCGAGACAGAGACUCGAUUGGUCACCACGCCAGCAAAGUGCACCAUUUCACUUUGGGGCCCAAUUUACUUGACGUGAAUGAAAUACGUGUUUCACUUGUAUGGACAGACAUCGGAUCCGCGAUGGAGGGCUCUGCCAUAUCUUUGGUCAAUAAUCUUGACGUGCUAUUGGUGGAUUCCAAGGGUGCUGUGUACUUUGCCGGUGAAAACAAAACCCUGGACACCACGAAUGUCAUGGAACAAAUUUGUUUACCAAUCUCCUGGGAGUUAGCAGCAGGGUUCCGUGUGUUUGUGUAUGGCGGUAGUGUUCAUGAAGGAAAUAAUCAGCCAUACGCUCUUGUUGUAUCUGGACCUGGUUUGAGUUAUGUCGAUAAUGCCAGUAUAAUGUCCGGUGUAGUGUGUCCCAACAAUUGCAGUGGGAAUGGAAAUUGCUUUGGAGGUAUCUGUGAGUGUCACACUGGGUAUCGGUUUAUCGACUGUUCUUUUUGUGAUGAGGAAGCCAUGUGUAAUGGACAUGGGACAUGCGCAGCAAAGGAUUUGCAAUGUAAAUGUGACAAUGAACACUUUGCUGAUGAACAUUGUUCAUCAUGCAAACCAGGAUGGUACGGGCCAUCGUGUUCUUCCAAUUGUACUUGUAGCGAGAGGGGUAAGUGUAACAUGGAGACCGGAGAAUGCAUCUGCCAAAAAGACAAAACAUGGGGUGGGUCUGGUUGCUUUUCUGGUCCAAAUUGCGAGUAUUGCUGCGAAGACUUUGCUGGAGAAAAAUGCAAUGUGCGAAGUUACUGGUGCAGGGAGGAUGGGUGGCCUUUUGAGGUCAAUGACACUGCCGGUGGAUACAUUGAGGUGAAUGGUUAUGGCACCUAUUCUCCCAUGUUAGUUUGUCGAUGGGUGGUUAAAGCGCCAAGAGGUCGUAUAAUUCGAUUGCAAUACCUCCGCUUUGAAGUGGAGAGCCCGACGGAUAUCGUUGUACUCUAUGAUGAUGCAUCGGAUGAAGCGGAACCGAUACGUGUAGACACCGGCACGAGCGCUCAAGGUCUGCUCUUCCUUUCUUCAUCGAAUGCUCUUGCUAUUGUGUUUUCUUCCCGAUGGUCUCAUGUUCGUAAGGGAUUUUUAAUGCAUUACAGUUUCGAGGGGCCAAAUAACUCAAACUGCACUGUUCCAUGUGUCAAAAAUGCCCUUUGUGACGUGUGGGGCGGAGGCUUUUGCGUCUGUAAUGAGGGGCGGGCAGGAUGGGACUGCGGGGUGGAGGUGGGUAGUGAUAACAAAGUCAUUGAGCUGCAGGAGGAGGACAAACGAGGUGCCACUUACUUCACCCCUCUUGUCAAUGAGGAGUUACAACUGAACCUUAAGCAUCAGUCGCCCAACUGGGUAAGAACCGAUGUAUAUUUAGCACUUGAGAGCAGUAUAUUCACAAAGCAGCAAGGAGAAAUGGCACUGAGGGCGGCAGCGAUACGCAGCACUCCCAGUGGAGCUAUUAGUAUAAAAAAGGAAAAAAAAAUUGGAUGGACAAGCAAUUGUAGAUAUGCUCGAAUAAGUCUGAGUUACAGAUUGAGUGCCCCAAAAGGUGAGUUGAACAUCUCCUUCACACUUCUCAACAAUGCAUCACUGCUGUCAGCUGCAAAUGGUAAUGCAAGCUACCGUGCAGCGGCAUAUCUCGCAAAGAGUGAGCCACAGGAUAUAUACGAGACUCUUGACACGGAUGAUCGGCUUUUAUUGAUUUCCUGCAGUAGUGAUCUUUCUUCUGAAGUCCCUCUUUCAGUUUUUGGAGAUUUUUUAAACAGAACAAAUGAUGCUUCUGAAGGUCGCACUGGAGUCUCGGCUUUUGUUGCGCCACUGUUGCUUUUUGUUUUUUUUGCUUCUGGGUUUUUUUGGGUUCCGCUAUUCUUCACCUGGCGGCCCCGUCAAGGCCUUGCCUUGGCAACGAUUCCCACGGAAGAGGUGAUGGUGCUGACGUCAUCCAGUGUUUGUAUUGGAGCUGAGGACGAUGCCAGAAUAGAAUCUGGCGAUGGGCUGUUCUCGUCCAUUUCAGUAUUUUCUGAGACGCAUGAGGUGGGGGAGACGUCAACGGGUGCUGCUUGA